AUGGCCUCCGCUACUCGACACUUCUCCGUUGCUCCUCGUCAGGUCUUCCGUCAGAACGGCCGCCGCUACUACUCCUCUGAGCCUGCCCAGAAGUCCUCUUCGGCCUGGAUCUGGCUCACUGGUGCCGCUGUUGCUGGUGGUGCUGGUUGGUACUUCUACGCCAACGGUGCUUCCGCCACCCCCAAGGUCUUCAACCCUACCAAGGACGACUACCAGAAGGUGUACAACGAGAUCGCCAACCGCCUGGAGGAGAAGGAUGACUAUGAUGAUGGCAGCUACGCUCCCGUCCUCCUCCGACUUGCCUGGCACGCCAGCGGCACCUACGACAAGGAGACUGGCACCGGUGGCAGCAACGGUGCUACCAUGCGUUUCGCCCCCGAGUCCGACCACGGCGCCAAUGCUGGUCUGCUCGCUGCCCGCAACUUCCUUGAGCCUGUCAAGGCCAAGUUCCCCUGGAUCACCUACUCUGAUCUUUGGAUCCUUGGUGGCGUUUGCGCCAUCCAGGAAAUGCAGGGUCCUGUCAUCCCCUACCGACCUGGCCGCAGCGACCGUGAUGUCUCUGCUUGCACUCCUGAUGGCCGUCUUCCCGACGCCACCAAGAGCUCCAACCACCUGCGAGACAUCUUCUACCGCAUGGGAUUCAACGAUCAGGAGAUCGUGGCUCUCUCUGGUGCCCACGCUCUCGGCCGAUGCCACACUGACCGAUCCGGCUUCGAUGGCCCCUGGACCUUCUCUCCUACUGUCCUGACCAACGACUACUUCCGUCUUCUCAUCGAGGAGAAGUGGCAGUGGAAGAAGUGGAACGGCCCUGCUCAGUAUGAGGACAAGUCCACCAAGACCCUGAUGAUGCUUCCCACCGAUAUGGCUCUUGUCCAGGACAAGAAGCUCAAGCCCUUCGUCGAGAAGUACGCCAAGGACAACGAUGCCUUCUUCAAGGACUUUUCGGAUGUCGUUCUCCGACUCUUCGAGCUUGGUGUCCCCUUCGCCCAGGGCACCGAGAACCAGCGAUGGACCUUCAAGCCCACUUACGAUUCGUAA